AUGUCGGCGCCGCAGCCGCUGCAGAUCCGCGAGGCCAACGCGCACCUGGCGGCCGUGCACCGGCGCGCGGCGGAGCUGGAGGAGCGGCUGCACGCGGCGGAGCGCACGGUGAGCGCCCAGGCCGAGCUCCUGGCCCAGCACGACCAGCAGUUGCGUGCCGCCCUGGACGAGCUGGGCCGCGCCAAGGACCGGGAAAACACCGUGCUGGAGCAGCUCAGCAGUGCCGAGGCCACGGUCCAAAACCUGCAGGCGGCCUUGCAUCAGCGGGACGCGCUCAUCGAGCAGCUGCAGCCACGGGCCCGGCUGCUGCACGACAUCUGCCGCCACCGGCCAACCCUGGCCGGACUGCUGGCCGCCCUGGCCGAUGGGGAGCGCCUAGGACCCCCACCAGCCAGGCCUCCUCCCGCUGCCCCACUCCCAACUGGAGCCAGCACCCCACUUGCCAACAAUAUUGGAGAAGAGGAGGAUGAUUUGGAUGACUUGCCUCCCGCCGUGCUGGGGACCACGGUGUGAGCCUCGGAGUCGAGACAGAGACACCCCCUCACAGGGGUCUUUACUCUCUUCUGUGGGUGCUCCUGAGUUAGGGAACCAGAAGUAGCACAGAGGGACAUGGGU